UGUACUUGACAUUUUAUAAACAGGUCUGUGCCUUGCACUGAAGAUCUUACCAUCUAAAUCCAACAAGAAAAUAGUAAAAGACAGCAGUACAGGAGAGAGAGAGAGGGAGCAGAAUAUGGUGGUGAUGAACAGGAAGAAUAGAUUUCUGGAAGAAUUGAGCUUUAAAGAGGGUCUAGUGUACAGAAGUAGUGUUUCAAACAUAAGAGCAGCAUGAGGGAAGAGAAAGGAGAGUCUUAGAAGGAACUUAAAGAGCAAAUGAUAAGAGUGAUAGGACAGAGAGAUGAUUUUAUCCGAAGUGCCACUGUUAGACUGGAAAAUAGGAAAGGUUGUAGAGGGGAAGGUCACAGUAAUAAAGAUGAGAAGUGAAAGAGAACCUUGGUAAUGAGGAAAGGGCAGAUUUUAAAUGAUAUUAAUAAGAGAAGAAGCAUUCAUUGCAAGAGUGGAUAUGAAGGUUGGCUAGUAGAAAAGAACUGAAGAUGACACCUGGGUUGCUGAUACGUAUCUGAAAUGUGAAGAUCCACCAUCCAGCUUCUGGACAGUAGAAAGAGCUUGCAGUCACUUCUGCCCCAGCAAAGAUUCCUGAAUGCUUUAAGGAGAAGGAAUAUAAACCGAUUGGUAAAAUAGGUGAGGGAACAUUUUCUGAUGUUCUGAAGACACAGAGUCUUAGGGAUGGAAAUUACUAUGCAUGCAAACAAAUGAAACAGCAUUUUGAAAGUAUCGAGCAAGUGAAUAGUCUGCGAGAAAUACAAGCACUGAGGCGACUGAAUCCACAUCCUAAUAUCCUUAUGUUACACGAGGUGGUUUUUGACAGAAAAUCUGGCUGUCUUGCACUAAUAUGUGAACUUAUGGACAUGAAUAUUUAUGAGCUAAUAAGAGGGAGGAGAAAGCCAUUAUCUGAAAAAAAAAUAAUGAACUACAUGUACCAGUUAUGCAAGUCCCUCGAUCACAUGCACAGAAAUGGAAUAUUUCAUAGAGAUGUGAAACCAGAAAAUAUAUUAAUAAAGCAGGAUACCCUGAAGUUAGGAGACUUUGGAUCUUGUAGGAGUGUAUAUUCCAAGCAGCCAUAUACAGAAUAUAUCUCUACACGCUGGUACCGAGCACCUGAGUGUUUGCUCACAGAUGGCUACUAUAGCUACAAAAUGGACAUGUGGAGCUCUGGCUGCGUUUUCUAUGAAAUCACAAGUUUCCACCCUCUCUUUCCUGGAUCUAAUGAAUUGGACCAAAUAUCAAAAAUCCAUGAUAUUCUAGGCACCCCUGCUAAGAAAACUCUUAAUAAAUUCAAACAGUCAAGAGCUAUGAGUUUUGAUUUCCCCUUUAAAAAAGGGACAGGACUAUCUCCACAUGUGCCUAAUAUCUCCCCCAAGAGCCUCUCCCUUAUGUAUGCGAUGAUAGAAUACGAUCCUGAUCAGAGAAUUGGUGCCCACCAAGCACUACAGCAUCCUUAUUUCCAAGAGCUGAGAACAGCAGAGAAGCAAGCUGUAACCAUGCACAGAAAAAUGAGAUUAGCAGAAAACAUAGUGGGACAAGAAUCUAUCAACUUGUGGUGUAUUUCAAAGGAUGGUAAUAGGCAGCACUCUCUUAGGAAAACCCAGGAGAAUCCAAUAAGACAUCAUGGACCUUCCUGUGGAAUAGAAUUGCCAAAACUGAAUGUUUCUGGAGUAACCAAGUUGACUUCUUAUCCUAGUCCUUCAUUUCAUUCAGUUUUUACUGAACCUGCAACAAAUGGUGAAGUCCCUGUGUUACAACCUAUUAAAUAUAUUGGGACAAAUCACAAGUCUGAAAAACAGAAGGAGCUUAAGUCUUCUAUGAAACAAUACCACUUACCCGCUAUAGAAAGAAGAGGUGGAGGAUAUUGACCAGCUUGUCAAAUAUUUGGAAUGUAAGGAAAAGCAUGAGUAUACAGUGAAACAGAUUCAACCAUGCUUUCUAUAUUAUUGUCAAAGGUACACCAAAAGCAAUAGUGCCUUAUAAUUUGUUUCCCUGAAAUGAUGCAGGAAAACACUACAAGAAUAUUAGCACUUUGGUACUUUAUUUCUGAAUGGUAUCAAUAUUUAUCUAAGUACCAUUUUGGCAGGUCAAAAUGCACUUUAUACUUGAACCUUUUUAAACAAAUUCACUUUUUUUAAUUUUUUAAAAACAGAAAUGGAUAAUUGAGGAUUUUAGUUGGAGGAAUGACAUUUUGUAAUUAAGUUUUAUAUUAUACACAAAAUAGUUUGAUGUUAUUUAAGACUUGUUAAACUUGAUCUGUUCAUUUUAUACCUUUUUAACAGAUGGAAAUGUUAGUUGCGUAGACAAUGUUGGAAAAUAAUUACCUCCUGUAUUAGGUUGAUAGUUUCAAAGCUCAAGUCUUGUUAAUAUUUUAUGGAUUAUGAUAUAAUUUGAGAAACCUGAUUUCAGUAAAAUUAAAUAGUUUUAAUUACUUGUA